UUUAUAGCCCGUGUUGUUGCUUCAUUAUGCUUUCAGGUGCCAAGGGAAUAGUUUCGACCUGUGUACCAGCGACUGUGCUUCGUUUUUCGAUCAUUUUUCACGGAUUCUUUUUGUUUAAGAAUCAUUUUUAGCAUUUUAAAAUAGUGACUUGUGCUACUAGCGAUGAAAGUACAUAUUUAUAUAGUUUCAUUACAGUUCUGAUGAGAUAUGUUCUGUUAUUUAAGUCUUAAAUCAAUGUCCUUGACAGUGGCUGAGGCUAGAUAUUGAGAUUAUAUUGCCCUCUACUUGUUACGUGUGUUACGGUAGCGCUUUCACUAGUUCAUCUCCGUUGAGCCGUGACCUAUAAUACUUAACGCCUCCACUUUUAGUCGUGAGAAAAUGUUAUAACUGUCCUUCUUAUGAAUGGUUACAACACUUCUCUCGGACUUUGUAUAGCCUGGGCUAGAUGUACUUAGACUGAAGUGGACCGGAAGUGACCAGAGCCACAUACUUUCGUUAUGACGUUAUUUAAUACCUGGGGGGACAAUUAAAAGACUUGUUUUCGUUGAGGGAAAGCUGUGAUCAGUAUGUCUAGUGAAAUACUGAGCUCCAGUGACGUUCAGCAACAGAGCCAAAAGACCAGCCCUUCCAGUAGCCACAACACUUACGCAGAAUAUGAUUUCUCCAGCUUUGAUGAUUUUGGUUUAGUGGAUUUAUCAGCUAAUGGAAGUUCUUCCAACACAAGUAAUAUUGUCUUACCACAAACUGAACUGAACGGUAACCCAUUCUUACUCCCAAACCUUUCUGAAGAUGAUGGAGACAGUGCAAUAAGUGGAAAGUCUUCAGAAAUUAAUGAAAGCAGUCGUCAAGAAAUCACAGAUGAAGAAAACUAUGAAGACUAUGGAGAAAUUGAAUCAGAAGCAGAUGUGUCUGAUCAGGGACAUCUAACUCCAUCCACUCAACGUAAGAGAGCUGAUAGAAAGGAUCCAUUAACCAGGCAUAAAAGAUCGUGUCCCAACCGCAGGAUUACAAGUGCUUCACUUGCUAGUCAACUUCAAAGAAGUGGGAAGAACUCCCCGUCCAGCACCAGGCGUAGUAGCUUUGGUUCAGAUGAGAUAUUUGAUGAUAUUGAAGGCAACUUUCAAAAUGUUGAUGGAAGACUGAAGUUUUUAGAAGACCAACUUCAGCAUCUAACUGAGGUUCAGACAGAAACAAAUACAAAACAAAUUAAACUCAAAGACGAAAACAAUACUUUAGUACAGAAAGUUCUUUAUCUUGAAGAACAGCUGAGAGACAUGGAGGUUAAAUCUGAAGACAGAUUACAUGAUGAACGCAGGAAAUAUCAAGACUACAUAUCCAAACAAGAAAGAGAGAAAAAUGAACAGGUGGAUUACAUUACACAAAGGUUGCAUAGGAUAGAACAUGAAUAUGAAGAACUGAAACAAGAAGCACCCAGAUUACAAUCAGAGAUCUCAAAGCUUAGAACAGAAAAGAUGGACAUUCAAGAACGCUUACUUGAAAGACAAGAAACAUAUAACAUUCUGUAUGAUGAACAUGAGAAAUUGAAAGCUGACUACCACAGGCAAGAAGUUUUGAAUCAGAAAGAAAGAAAUGCCACAGGCCAGCUUUUGAGUGAGAUGGAAAAAGAACUAGAUGAGCUUCGAAGGUAUCGAAUGGAAGUAGAAACUGGAGCCAGGUCACCAACUGGUAGUAUAUCAGAGUUGCCAGGUCGUUAUCGAGACCUUCAGAAUGAAAUCCAUAAACUUCGGGAGGCAAUGUGGUUUGAGUGGAAGGAUCUAUGUCAGGAAAAUAAGCAUUUGCAUGACUCCAAUGAAGAACUAAAUGCCCAACUGUUGAACCAGUGUAUUGGGGAAGGCAAAUCUCUGCUGCACAACACACAAGGGCAGUCACUGGCACAGGAGUUGGAGCACCUGACUAAAGAAGAGCUUUUGGCUCAGCUCAAGUUGGAGAGAGAUGUGAACUUUCGUCUCAAGCAGUAUGUGGAUCACAUCAUUAUGACCAUCCUGGAGAAGAAUCCAUCUCUGCUAGACAUCACUCACAGAUAGACAGCUCAGUGGUGGGUUAGAUUGGUCUAUGGAGGACUAUAGAGUUUACACUCAGCCCUCUCUAGCUUCAGUUAUUUAUUGAAGAGUUUCAACCUUUACACUUUCACUUUCGCAAUAAAGAGGAAACCAACAGAGGAUAGAUCAGCCAAAUAAGAGUUCAUUUAUGAAAUUCAUAAUUAGCUGAGAUGUUUGAUAUUAGAUGUGCUUUUUGUAAAGGGGCAAGCUUGUCAUUACAAGUGCAUUGUUCUUUCUUUUAAUGUGCAUAACUAAUUAUGCAACACCCUUGUAUAUUUGUAACCGUUGUUUUAUUAUAGUCAUGUCAUUUUAUUGCAUAUUUAUGUUUUGAUUAGAAAGCAUGUGAGAUAGGUUAAUUAAUUGGAUACAAUUUCAUGAAGGACCUUUUAACUAGCUGGCAAAGCAUUAAAACUUUCAGGCAGUUAUGGGACUUGACUGACCUGUUUUGUUAUAACAUUGCUGUCUGUUGUUGACUCAAUCCUGUCACUCUCUGCAUUCCAUUUAUUUAAGUGCUGAUUCCUUGGAGUCUGCUCAGCCUUAUUUGUGUACUUACAUGCCACCAAGAUACAAGCUCAUAUGUAAACACUACAUUGAAAGUUAACUGGCCUGAGGUGAAUGCAGUAACCAGUUAAAAUGUUCUAAUUCUUAAAGAGAUGGUCUAUAUAUUUUUUCCCUUAUGUAAAUAGCACAGCAAUGAAGAUACUGUAAAUAAAUAUUUUACAUGGUAUUUUUAUACAUUAUAAAUACUUCUGUUUUCUGUUGACUUGAAAUUGAAGAUUGAAAAUAAUUGUCACAAAUUUAUUAAAAACAAAGCUUUCUGUUUUUGUUUCCUGCAUAUUUUUUUUAUUCAUCUUUAAUGCAAGUUAAUGUUUUAAAAGUUUCGUAGCAUUUUGUAAGCCACACAUAACUGCUUAUAGUCAACUACUAUUUACUUAUCAUUAUAAAGUAGAAUUUCAUCCUGGAGAACAGCUGUGAUAACUAAAAGGAUACGUUUGUUUUAAAGCUCCAUCAUAUUUUUAUCAGGUAAUAUUUUUUUAGCAUGUAUAAUAUAUAUUGUCUUAUAAAAGUUGUGAAAAUUUUCAGAGAAGGAUUUUAAUUACUUUUUCAAGUAUUUUUAUUUUUUCGAUUUUUAUGACAAAGAAAAAUAAUAUUACCCUGAAAUAAAGUAGAUCAGUGGGGCUCAAACUCCUUGCGCCUGAGGGUCAUCUUUGACAUGUGUGUCAUGGGUCCCAUCACAGCAAACAAAUUAUUGAAUUUAAUUGAACCUAUCUUCUACGGCUUAGAAACUAUGGCACUCUGGGCAGAAGUUUUGAGUGAUUGGAUCAGCUUCAGAUCAGGUGCUAGAUAUGGCCCGCAGGACCCAGUUUUGGGCAUCACUGAAGUAGACUACUUUGUAAAUAUUGUUGUUGUUUUUUUGAGUCAAUGUUUGUCAUAAAUAUAUGUGUAGAUCCUCAGUACUAAAUGUGAUUAAGAGGACUAUGUCUCUAUACUGAAAAGAUGGAAUUUAUUUUUAAUGGGAUUUUUAUCAUUGGCAACUCAAGUGGAGGGGGGAAAAGUGCAGAGUAAUCAAUUGAUGGCAUUGAGUCUGAAGAUUAAGAAUGAGUGCAGUGUUUCCCAUGGCUACACAAACACAGUUGUGACCUGCAUCCAGGUAGAAUAAUAUUUGAACAGAAUAAAAAAAAUGCCAAAAAUUAUUUAAUAUUUAAACAAAAACAUUUGGCACUACAUCACCUACCCUUAACUAAGCAAUAGAUCUGGGACUUGAAAAUGUAACGAAUCCUGUGGGUGACACAAAGUUCUAAAAUAAAUUAAUUAAUAAUUAAAAGUUCAACUGUAAUUUUGUAUAGAGUCACUAGAUCUUAUUCUUGUUAAAGCCAAGCACAAAUUAUAUGUAUCCAUGUAGUCCAUCAAAGAAGAUUUUGUAAAAAUGUAGAAAAAUUGAGUUAAGGCUAGUUUUGAGUUGUGGUUCAGUACCCUUUUAUUUUUUCUAUUUGUAAUAUUCCUGUGUUUUUCAAAGCUAUUUAGAUCCUUUUUUUUUUUUUCGAUUUCCCUAGUUACCUAACCUACACAUUGUUUCUCAAAAUGAAUUAAUGAUUCAUUCCUAAUUUUCCUUUGUUCAUAGACAAUAACAUAGAAUGUGCAGUUAAUAUUUUUUUUUAGACAUAAGGAACUAAUGGGAUAUUUUUUAAAACGCUAAUAUUUUGUUUAUUUCAAGUUUCAUUGAGUAAUACCCUUGUUGUUUGAAGCUAUAUUGACAUUAUAAGGUUGUGAUAACCUCAAGAUCACAUCUUGCUCAGAGAAUAUGUGAAUUGUGAAUUUGUCAUUCGAAAAGAACAAAUGUAAAUAUUAACAAUAGAAUGACAUAAGGAAAAAAAAAAGAUUUUGUACAUUUACACUUUUUGUUUCAAUGAAGGUUUUUUUUAGAAAUGUGUCAGCAAGUUUGUCAUAUUUAGAUUUUGAAUUGUUACUUUUUUUUUUAACUAUGAAGUAAUAAAUGAGAAUUGUUUCAAGAACUCUACAGAUUGGGAUGUUUACUUUCAAGCUGAAUAAUUGAAAUAUCAAAUACUGAUGAAAUGAUUUUUUUUUAAUGUUGAACUAAAAGUUGUAAGAUAAGACAAAGGAAGGAAUUAUUUGGAAAGUUUGUUGUUUUUUUUUAAUUGCAACCUUUUUGUGUUUUUGGAUGUCCACUAAUGACUUUGUGAGUUUUACAAGGCCCCGUGGUGGAGUUAUUGAUGUCCAUUUCUGAGUUUAACAAGACCCAGUGGGUGGAGUUGUCUUUUAAUAACUUUCUAAUUUUAGCAAGGUCAAGUUGGUAACAUUCUAUGUCCAUUAGCAACCUUCUGAGUGCCAUUGGGUAGUGUUAAAGUCCCCAUGUGGCUUUCUAAAUUUAACACUGAGUUUGUAUAGAAUUCAAUUAAACAAAAACCUCAUUGAAACAUUUACCCUCUAGUGUAACAAAUACCUAUUUUUUUAAUGAACAUUUCAGUCAAAAGAUAUUUUGAGUUAUUAACAAAAUAAAUAAUUAGCUGUUGCUUUGAGAGAGCAAACAUAGAAAAAAAAGCUGUUAUCAUCACCAUUGCUUUAGCCUAUCAUGAGACUAACAAUGUAGGUAUUGUAUUCUUACUUAACAGUGGACUUUAUUCACUUAUAGUUUCCUGUACAUUUCUCAACAUCUCUGUGGACUUAGUUCUUUAGUUGCUGGACUUUCCCUUUAUUUCCCCCCCCCCCCCUUUUUCAAACCACUUCUACUUUAAGCUUUUAUUUUUUAUUUGUUUGCUGAAUGACUUUUUCAUACAUACAGUUUAAAAAUAUUCUGUAUUUUUUUUUUAUCAUGUGUAUGAAUUCUUGUUAAAAGAUUCUAAGAAUGAACUAUUUUACAAAUUGAUUUGGCUUCAAGUAAACCUGAUUAUUUUAGAGCAUCAUACCAUACGUUAUGUUAUUUGAAGAUCACUCCACUAAUGAGGUCUUGUUUGUUUGUUUUAAAAUUGGUGGUUGUGUGUGUGUGUUCAUCAGGAAUGUACAAACCUGUUAUUAUUUAUUUCAUGUCUCUGGUCAAUAAAUGAAUCACCCUAACAACAUUGAA